AUGUCUAUUUCUAUGUCAGGUGCUUUUGCAGAUGAUUCUUUCCUUGAUGAUCCUACAUCAUACAGGCAAUUGGUUGGCUCUUUGAUGUAUAUGCUGGUUACUCGUCCUGGCCUUUCGUUUGCUGUGAAUCGUCUAUGUCAGUUUAUGCACAGUCCUACUCAUCAACACUUGGCUGCUUUGAAACGGGUUUUGUGUUAUGUUAAGGGGUCUUUACACCUUGGUUUGCGUCUGCCUGGCUCGAUGACUACUACUAUUCAUGCCUUUUCUGAUUCCGAUUGGGCUGGCUGUCAAGUUGACAGGAGGUUUAAGGCUGGUUUUGCCAUUUUCAUUGGAUCUAGUCUUGUUUCCUGGGUAUCUAGGAAGCAACUCACCAUUGCGCGUUCUUUUACUGAGGUUGAAUACAGGGCUUUGGCUGAUGUAGCAGCGGAGGUUGUCUAG